AUGUUUAUUUUUUCGCUCAGCUGCUCCGACCUUGUGGUGUGCUGCACAUCAGCCACAAUAACGCCAAUUGCGGCUUUUAAAAAAGAGUGGAUUUUUGGUGCUACGCUAUGCUCAAUAGCUCCAUUUAUUGCUGUUAGUCCUCUUUUGCGACCAUUUACAAUAAGCAUGAUUUAUUCGCUGGCCAAGUUUGUCGAGUUGAAAAGUGCUUCCCAGAAAAUCGGCAAAAAAUUCGUAUGUGGCCCCACACCAGAAGUCAAGAACAAGAAUAUGUCAAAAUUCGAAAAGCUUAAUUUCGAGCACCAAUAG